AUGCAAAACGGCACCCCCAACGGCCCAUCACCCCAAGAUGAACGCGUAACGCCUGUGUCCGAUUCUACACCCCUCAACGGGUCUGUAAUCGAAAACCCAUCAGAUUCCGCCCCCCGCGAAUCGAUUCCUCCCGAGCCGAAAGACAUCGAAGCUGUUCAUCAACCCGAAGAACCCCCAUCAAAGAAACGAAGACUCACAGAUUCCUCCUCGUCGCAACGUUCCACUCCCAAACCACCAUCGCCGCCUUGGAAAAAGGCUGGCUUUGAGGGACCCACAUCGUUCCUCUCUGAAGGCAAGCGCAGGUCUUCGCGAACAAACGCCGUCCCGAUCGAAUUUCAACCUGGGUCAGACAAGAGACACACGCGGGGGGCUCAGAACAAGAAUGUUGGCAAGUCUGCUCGUGAUGGAAGCAAGCCGGCUACAUCCUCGCCGCUAUCGGUAACGCAGUCACGCGCCGACGCCAAUGGGAAACUGGGUGGAAAGGCCACUGCCAAUGGAUCGCCCAGAGCGCCGUCGCGCACGGCGGCGAACAAGCCGCCGCGUAUCUCACAGACUCCAGCACUAAAACCAAGUCAUCCGCGCACUAAAUCUCGCCCCUCCGCUUCCCUUGCUCGCCCGUCUGGUGCCAACGCGAACGGCACCAGUUCUCGCUCGCUUCGCGAUCGCCCAUCCCUUUCGAAUCUAUCACAGGAGGUCAAUGGAGCUUCAGAUAAUGUCGACAUGGAUGACAAGGAACUCGAACAAGGAUCAUUGAAAAUUCCAAAAUUGCGCAUUAAAUUGAACAAGCCUGUCCUUCCGAUUCGACACCCCGGCCACAUACCGCAGAAGAAACACACGUCUUUCAGAGAAUGGGUAUACCAAAAUGAUAGCUCAAAUGUAUUGUCAGAGGAUGAGGCUGCGAUAGAGGCACGCAAACGGCUUGAAGUCAUGUCUGCCGCUGAGCCCGGUGGGCCGUUGAGUUCGCAAGUCUGCUCGGCAUAUAUCACAGAACAGCAAGAGGAACCUCCCCCACAGUACUCGCACCAGGAUCACUUGGUUUCCCACGCGCUCUACUUCCAGAAGCUCCUCGACAAAGAACACAAACGCCACCGGCAAACAGCCAAACUGUUUGCGCAAUGGUGUGCUGACGCUUAUCGGAAACGCCACAAAAACCCCGAAGAUAUUCUACGUGAGCAGCAGGAGGAGAUGCGUGGAAAGCGCAAGCAGUUAUCAAAGGAUCUUCAGAAGAUGUUCGAUCUGACCCGUGCCGAUAUUGAUCGGGUCCGCCUAGCACGUUGGGAGGAAGAGCGGAAAAUGGAAGACCAGCAGGCUCUUGAUCGCGCUAUCAAAAAGUCUACUAUGCUCUUCGAGAAGCGUCGAUCGGAGAUUUUGGGCGAAUUGCCUAGCGAUGCUCCGGUGACGAGUGACGACGAGGAUGGCGUGUCAGGCUUCUCGUCUGGCCCAGGCGAAGAAGACGAGAGUAACAUGUCAGAUUCUGAAUCCGGAACCGACGACGAGGCCAAUGUGGACGAUGAUGCCACAUUGACCGCAGAAGAGCUCCGGCUGAAGUACGCCAACUUACCGGCCGAAGACUAUACCGACCGGAUGUCUAUAGCCUCAGGCAGCACGGCAAUGACCAACCCCAACGAAUCCUUGGAUCCCGAAGCGGUUUUAGAUGACCUCGAUUCACACGCCACGCCCGAAGAUAAUCAGUUAGACGACGUUGAUUCAGUGUUGAUGGACGAUAGUGAUGCCUCCACAGACAUGGAUGAUGAUAUGGGUGAUAGUGACGAAGAGGAAGAAGACUUAAGCGAGGAGGAGUCGGAUGAGGAUGAUGAGACCGGAUCCGGCUUGCUGGGUUUCUUCUCGAAGCAUGAAACCCCUGUACCAAAAGAGGGCGAAGAGGGCGAUGAAGCUUCAGCUGUGGGCCACGAACAAGAAAUCGAUAUUAAAUCGGCCUCGGAGGGUGAAGAUGACAUUGACUUCGAAGAUCAAGAUGAAGUCUCCCUGGUUCCAAUUGGACCAACGACCAGCGAGGGCACUUCAACAGAAGGCACGCCCUUGCAUAUCGCCAAUGCUUCUGAAUACUCUCCUGCCACUGGAGGAGAAACACCUGCCGUUGACACCCCGAUGGAAGAGGAGCUCGCCGAAGCCGAAGCCGAAGCCGACGAUGCAGCCACUGCUGGUGUCGUGCAUGAUCUUGGCCAACUCCAUGAGUUGGAGUCCACCAAACCAGAGACCGAGGAGGCAACUCCUGCUGACAUCGCAGAUGACAUUGAUCACCCCCAAUCUAUGGAAGUAGAUCAUGUCCAUGACAGCCGACCAAGCGGGGAUAUGUCCAGUGAGCCAUCGCCGGGAACCUUCGCAACCAAGCCAUCCGAGCCUGAAUCGGUCUCAUCGCUCGAGCCUGCAAUUGAAAAGGCAUUGCAAAUAAGUCACUCACCUGCCCCAGGCCUGCAGACACCCAUUCCACAGAUCCUGCGUGGUACACUACGUGAAUAUCAGCACUAUGGAUUGGAUUGGCUUGCGGGUCUCUACAACAACCGCAUCAAUGGUAUCCUAGCAGACGAGAUGGGCCUGGGCAAAACGAUUCAAACCAUUGCCCUUCUUGCCCACCUUGCCGUUGACCAUGGUAUCUGGGGGCCACAUUUGGUGGUCGUUCCGACCAGUGUCAUGCUCAACUGGGAAAUGGAGUUCAAGAAAUGGUGCCCGGGGUUUAAGAUCAUGACUUACUACGGCAACCAAGAAGAACGCAAACAGAAACGCCGAGGCUGGACAGAUGACAACGCCUGGAACGUGUUGAUUACAUCGUACCAACUCGUUCUGCAGGACCAAAUGUCUCUCAAGCGAAAGGACUGGCACUACAUGAUUCUUGACGAAGCACACAACAUCAAGAACUUCCGCUCACAGAGGUGGCAAGCCCUUCUUACGUUCAAGUCCCGUGCUAGGCUCCUUCUAACGGGUACACCACUCCAGAACAACCUCACGGAACUGUGGUCUCUUCUGUUUUUCUUGAUGCCUUCAGAUGGUACCAACGGUGGCGUCGACGGGUUUGCCGAUCUAAAGGAUUUCUCUGAAUGGUUCCGUCGCCCCGUUGAACAAAUUCUGGAGCACGGCAGGGAGACUAUGGACGACGAGGCUAAGGGUGUGAUCACCAAACUUCACACCGUUCUCCGCCCGUACCUUCUUCGUCGACUGAAGGCCGAUGUCGAGAAGCAAAUGCCUGGCAAGUACGAACAUGUGGUCUACUGUAGGCUAUCAAAGCGUCAGCGAUACCUUUACGACGGCUUCAUGUCGAUGGCCCAGACCAAGGAGACGCUUGCGUCCGGAAACUUCCUCUCCAUCAUCCACUGUCUGAUGCAACUCCGUAAAGUGUGCAACCAUCCUGAUCUCUUUGAAACCCGACCCAUCUCCACCUCCUUUGCGAUGCCGCGGUCUGUGGCUAUGGACUUCAAUAUCAAGGAAUCCCUCGUUCGACGACGACUCCUCUUUGAACACCCGCUCACCAAGAUCGACUUGGACUUCCUCAACCUCGCACCCGUAUCACGGGAAGAUAUCUCACGACGGCUGGCCGACGAUAGUAUCAGGCUGAUGGCUAUUGGCCCGUUCAAGACUCUCCGAGAACGCCAGUACAACCGAACCAACUGGGAGAUGGGCUUUGACGGGUCCAACAUGCAGACCAUCUUAGAGUCAUUGGAGAACGCCUGUCGGAAGAGACGAAUGGCGGAAUUAGAGCGGUGUCUCUACUUCGAAUCCAAGCGGCAUGGCCGUCGGCCCGUAUACGGUAGCAGCCUUAUCGAAUUCCUCCGGGCUGGGACCAAGGAACACGCGUUAUCCAAUGCACCGCUGCGGAAGCGCUCAAUGGCCGACUGGUUGUCAAGCCGGUCCUCUGUCCUCGCGUCGAUGAUUCUGACCGUUGAGGAGCGGGCUCUUGAGAUGCAUGGCUAUGUACAGAGAUUCGCCUGCGUCACCCCCGCUGCCGUGGCCGCGGGCAUGAGCGAAGCCGCCUUGACUCCCGUCGAGACCCGGCUUUUGACGAAUAAUCGCCCAAACCCGCCAUACGAUCCUUUCCACGAAGCACGGAUGCGCCUCUCUAUUGCGUUCCCGGAUAAGAGAUUACUUCAAUACGACUGCGGCAAACUGCAGCGCCUUGACAAACUCCUGCGUGAUCUCAAAGCCGGCGGCCAUCGAGCCUUGAUCUUCACCCAGAUGACCAAGAUGCUCGAUAUCCUCGAACAGUUCCUCAAUAUCCAUGGCCAUCGCUAUCUCCGACUCGACGGAACUACGAAAGUCGAGUCCCGACAGAUGCUUACGGAACGAUUCAAUAGUGAUCCCCGCAUCCUCGCUUUCAUCCUAUCGAGUCGAUCCGGUGGUCUCGGUAUCAAUCUCACGGGCGCCGACACGGUUAUCUUCUACGAUCUAGACUGGAACCCCGCCAUGGACAAGCAAUGCCAGGAUCGCUGCCACCGCAUCGGUCAAACACGCGAUGUCCACAUCUACCGCUUCGUAUCUGAGUAUACCAUUGAAUCCAACAUCCUCCGGAAAGCCAACCAGAAGCGCAUGCUCGACGAUGUCAUCAUCCAAGAAGGCGAGUUCACCACCGACUACUUCACCAAACUGAGCGCGCAAGCGAUAGCCGAACCCGACGAGCGCGACGGGCAAGACGAAGCAAGUGCCGCCAUGGACCGAGUUCUCGGCAAUCGCGUCGGAGGUGGAACCCGCGUCUUCGAAGCAGCCGAGGAUAAGGAGGAUCUGGAUGCAGCGAAGAACGCCCAGAAAGAACAGGAGCACGCCGAUGAUGGCGACUUCGAGGAGAACAGUGCUUCGCUCGGAACACCGGCUCAGGCUGGAACGCCCUUGACCGUGGAAGACGGGGCUGGCAUGCCGGUUCCACUGCAUGUGUCUGGUGACCAGCCCGAUAUCGAAUUGCAACCAGGUCACAUCGAUGACUAUCUCUUGCGCUUCAUGGAGUGGAACAUGAGGGAUGAACCCCUGGUUCUGCCGGUAGAUAAGAGCAAGAAGAAGUCCAAGAAGGGCAAGGAGCACCAUCUCAAGAGGCGUCGUUAG